CCGAGCAGCAGCGCGAGGGAGCCCGGGCGCCGCAGUGAAGGACGGGCAGAAAGGCAAGACCUCUGAGGCGGCUGGUGACCCCGUGUCCCGCUCCCAUCAUGUCACUGGUGGAGACAAUCCGGCUCUGGAACGAGGGGGUGUGUGCUGCCGACCAGAGGGAGUGGAGGGCAGCCCUGGCUGCCUUCACAUCUGUCCACAACCCCCCUUCCAAACUCUGCUUUAACAUUGGCUGCAUCCACCUCGUUUUGGGGAACCUCACCAAGGCAGAGGAGGCAUUCACACAGAGCAUCAGCUGUGACAAGCACCUGGCAGUGGCCUAUUUCCAACGGGGGACUGUGUUUUACAAGCAAGAGCAUCACGAAACGGCCAUCAAGGAUUUUAAAGAAGCAUUGGCCCAACUGCGAGGCAACCAGCUCAUAGACUACAAGAUCCUGGGGCUGCAGUACAAGCUGUUUGCUUGUGAGAUACUUUAUAACAUAGCACUUGUGUACGCCACGAUGGAGGACUGGAAGAAAGCUGAGGAGCAUCUAACAUUGGCAAUGAGCUUGAAAAGCGAGCCCCAGCACAACAAGAUUGACAAGGCAAUGGAAGCUAUCCUAAAACAGAAGCUCUACAAUUUGGUGGCAAUUCCCACGGGGAAGCUGUUUCGGCCAAAUGAAAAGCAAGUGGCCCAGCUGGAGAAGAAGGACUACCUGGGAAAGGCUACGGUGGUGGCAUCUGUGGUAGACAAGGACAGCUUUUCAGGAUUUGCUCCGCUUCAACCUCAGGCCUCCAGUCCUCCACCCAGGCCCAAGACACCAGAAAUCCUCAGGGCGCUUGAAGGGCAACCGCACCGAGUCCUGUACGAGUUCAUCCCCGAGACCUCUGAGGAGCUGCAGGUCCUGCCAGGAAACAUUGUCUUUGUCCUGAAGAAAGAGAAGGACAACUGGGCUACCGUGAUGUUCAAUGGAAAGAAAGGGAUUGUCCCCUGCAACUACCUUGAGCCUGUGGAGCUCCAGAACAGGCUGCAGACCCAGGAAGAAAUCUCUCCCGAACCCGAGAUCCCGGAGCCGCCCAGCUCCAGUGCCCCAGAAAAACCCCGGCGGCCAGCACCAGACUUCGUUCCAGUUACUGAGACGCAGCCAAGAGAAGAACCGAAGAAGGCCAAAGCUGCCAGCUCCGGACCCUACGUUCUCAAGGCACAUUACAAGUUCACAGUUGCCAUGCAAGUCAAGCCAGACCUCUCCUACAACGAACUCCUGGACUUGGUCUGCCAGAAACUGGAGCUCCAGCCAGAGCACACAGAGCUGAGGUACAAGCCUGCAGAUAGCGAGGCGCUGGUGACUUUGAGUGCCGAGAACGUGGAAGCGGCUUGGAGUCACACCAAAGACAAGUGUCUGACAGUGUGGUGUGACAGCACAGAGGGCAAGGGAUCUCUACCAGAAAGCAAACCAGAGGAGGAGGCCCAGAAGGCAAUGUCAGAAGAGAUGGGACCAACCCAAGUUGUAGCACAGUACAAUUAUGAAGCCACCCAGCCUGAAGACCUGGAGUUUCAGGCAGGAGAUGUGAUACUCAUUUUAUCCAAAGUGAAUGAAGACUGGUUAGAAGGCCAGUGCAACGGGAAGAUAGGCAUCUUCCCAUCUGCUUUUGUUCAGAAGUGUAACACUAAAGACCCAGAAAUCUAAUUGCAGAAGAGCUGUAGUAGUCUUGGACAUGGAGAGAAACUAAGGAUUUCAACUGCUGCAAUUAAGAUGUUUCUAUAUUAAUCACUGCAUCUGAAAAAGGACCCAAAAUAUCAUUGCUACAUGUAUUAAAAGCUUUAUUUUAGCUUUUUUGCAUCAUUUCUCUAAAACAGGUACUCAUUCCUAAAAAAAAGUUGCUAAUCAUCUUCCUGCUGGGAAUACAUUCAGUCCUAAAAACUGUACUUACCAAGAGACUUCCUAGCAAGAGCUGUCCCACCUACCUCAUCCUUAACAAAACUUUGGCACAGACAAGUCAGUCACUGGGAGAACUCUCAGAAAAGGCAGCACAACUUGCAUUUAUGCCGCUGCCAACAGAUACACGAGAGGAACAGGCAUUCAGGAAGCCAAAGACCAGGAAAGGCUGAACAGAAUUUACUGCCUCUAAAUUUUGCUGCCGACCUCAAGAGUUUAAACAAAAGGCCUUGAGCAGCCUCCCCCUGCUCCAAUUGACAGUCCAUUUCAAACCCUCCCCCUCACUAAAAUAUUUUUUUUUUCCCCCACCUUUGGGGCCUCACCUCAAACCACUUGCCCAGCCGCCACAACAGGAAGUUAAAGACACUGCCUCGAAUUGCAGUACAGUUACAGGAGCUGGAGAACCCCACCUUCCCCAGUAGCCUAAAUACUCGUAUUUAUUUUAAAAGGAGCUUGCUUGGAAGAGCUGUCUGGAUAAAAUAAAACGGACGUUUCAACAGCA